CUUUCGUCGCUUGUUGCACGAAAGCGAAAGUUGCGUGUGCGAGUAGAGUUUAAUGCUUGUUGUUUACAAUCUCCCAAAUCCGAAUCCAAAUAAAGAAGCAAACACAGAGGUAGUCGCAGACUCCAACAACGAAAUAUAUUAAUAAUUUAAAGAUAAUCCAACGACAAAAGCGUGCGAAGUCACAGACCACAAAGCUGGUCAAUAACAACCUUCAUUUCAAUUACGUUUCCUGAACCGAUCUUCGUGCCAAGAUGCCAGCAGCCAGCUCACAUCCACGACUCUUCUUCUAUAUACUCUGUGCUGCCUCUCUCUUGGCAGUCUCCAAGUCGGAUACCGGUAGUACAAAGAACUCUUAUUUUAUGUCUUACUUCUACUACUUAGUUAUUAACUUUGUUAAUCCCUUCGCCAUGCCGAUAUUUUAUCGCUUUGUAAAGGUUUUGCCAAUGCAACCGCCAAGCGAAGACUUGGCAUAUGAUGCUGCUUUGCAGCUUGGAUUACUUAAUCACCGGCUUAAUUUACUCGCGCAUGAGGAGGAAUCUAGGCAACUUAGUUUGCCCAACAUAACACUAAGCAACCUGGUUAAUCGCAUUCCCUGUACUUGUGACACUGGACUGUGCAAGUGCUGUGCUGGCUUCCUUUCGGUAAUAGGAAUGAACAGCUGCACAGAAGUCGCCUAUCGUCCUGACGAGUUUUCCUUCGAGUUGCGUAUGCGAGUCAAUAACAAUAUUUGGUUCCGCCGGAAGGUGUCCGGCCAAAAUCCGCCUCCGUUCUGCUUCAGGCCGCCACGCUUUAACUUUGCCAGGGCCUGCAUACAGUUCCAUGACAUUUGGUUUGUGGGUCGCAAUAUGCAUGUGUGCAUGUUCAUGUCGGGGGAGUUUCAGGGAUUCGAGUUGUUUGAGAGAAACUUUGAUUGCCUUUUGUUUGGUGAUCACGGCGUCAAGAUCGUUCCCCCAGAGCAAGGAUAUCCCACCAGGCCGAAUGACGUAGACAUUGACGAUGGAGACGACGAGAUUGAGGACUACGAUGAGAACGUAGUCCGCAGCUUAGCAGAAAAGAUGAUGGGUUAACCCCUUGAGACUAACUUAUUUA